AGAUUUCUGGCAUGGUUAUCUACGGUAGUGCUAAGGUCGAAUGGAUCACCUACUCCACCGUUUUCCUAAUGGUGAACACCUGCAUCGUUUGCUACAUCGUUGCUGUUGGUCUCGGUCACGUGCCAGCUUGGCUGCCAAUGAUCAGUGACUGCGCUGUCCAGUCGCCAGAGAAGUACAUGUUCCGGGUUGGUGUCAUCUCAGGCGCUACAUGUUUGUUAGCGAACAUGGUCAUGGUCUACAAUGCCUUCCCCGACUUCUACUUCAGAAAGUGUACUCUCGCGCUGGCCGUGUUAGCUGCUGUCGGAAUGAGCAUCUGUGGAGCUGUGGACGAGAAAGAAAACCCCGCCGUGCAUGAUGUUGGUGCAUUGUUAUUUUUCGCUUGUUACGAUCUCGUGGUGAUCAUUCUGUCACUUGAUGCUUCAUGGAGCGAAAAGAUCUCACCGUCAUCCAUUAGGGUCAAACUCGCUUUCGCCAUUUUGGCAAUCGUCGUCCCAGUUAUUGCUAUAAUCUUGAGUUAUUACCCCAAACAUCGUAGCUACCUGGCACUAUGUGAAUGGUUUGGUGCUUUCGGUUUCGCCUUUUUUACUCUGACGUUUGCGCAGGAUUUCGACACGGUAGACCUGGUGGAAGAAAAAUGUCCAGAUUUUGAACGAGUCCUCUCUAAGCCAAACUCGUCUCAAUGUGUGUAUACACAGUCAACAAGUCAACAACAUAGCACUUCAGACAGUACUUUUUAAUUAAUCUAGUGGUUGGUAUAACCGUACAUGUUUUCCACUAUCUCGUAUUUAUUAA